GUCACCUAUCCUGGAUUUUCAAGCCAGAGGGGGAGGGAGGUUCGGCUGGUGAUGUCAUGAACCUGUCGUGCAAGUGCAGGCGGAGAAGGGUGUCUUAGCAGGAGGAAAGAGGGUGUGUGGCUUGUGUGUAUCCAUUACCUGCCUCCAUACACCUUCAGUCCUGCAGCUGAGAAAAGGAAGGCAUCCGAAAAGGAUAUCAGCCGGUGCCAGACCUACAGCCUAAGGCAGGAUGUUUACAUGGUAGGUGCUUAGUCAAGAAACAAGAUGAGCGUCACAUCAUGGUUCCUGGUAAGCAGCUCAGGCACUCGCCAUCGGCUGCCCCGGGAGAUGAUCUUUGUUGGCCGGGAGGAUUGUGAGCUCAUGCUUCAGUCCCGCAGUGUGGAUAAACAACACGCCGUCAUCAACUAUGAUGGAGAAAAGGACGAGCAUCGUGUGAAGGACCUCGGGAGCCUGAAUGGAACCUUUGUGAAUGACGUCAGGAUACCGGACCAGAAAUACAUAACCCUUAAACUCAAUGAUGUCAUCCGCUUUGGCUACGAUUUUAAUUUGUAUGUGUUGGAACAGAUUCAGCAUAAAGUCCCGGAGGAGGCAUUAAAGCAUGAAAAAUACACCAGCCAACUACAAAUGAAUUUAAAGACUUCAGUAAAAUCAAGGCCAGAGCAAGUCAAGGAACACCCACCUCAAGUGGAAUCAGUGCCAGGGAAGCAGGAAAAGUCUGACAAGAAAGCUCCCAGUGAACCUUCAUUAUAUCGCACACCACUAUAUGGCCAGCCAUCCUGGUGGGGAGAAGAUGAUGCCAACAAUAAGCAUCAGAAACAUGAAGGUAGGAGGCCAGAAGAAGAAUAUUCAGAUCGGCCAAAAGAAAUGCUUCAACAUGAUGAAGAACUGAAUGGCAACUUAGGGUACAGAGAUUCUGCUGACCAAUCACUCUACUCCUUCCGAAGGGAACCCAGCUACUUUGAAAUUCCUACAAAGGACUUUCAGCAACCAGCCAAAUCUCCAGAGACUCAAGUCCAUGAAAUUCCUACUAAAGACACAGAUAACGUUACACCCCCAGUGAUGCAGAGCCAUGCCUCUUUCACUAUUGAGUUUGAUGACUGUCGGCCUGGAAAAAUAAAGAUCAAGGAUCACGUCACUAAGUUCUCAAUGAGACAGAGGAGAACAGUAGGCAAGGAAACCGCCCCAAAUGAAAUGAUAUCUGUUGAAAAUAAAGUAGCCGACUGGUUGGUUCAAAACGACCCCAGUUUAAUAAGAAGGCCGUCUCCUGGAGAAGAUGUCUACAGUACCAAGAGUGACCUUCCCAUCCACAACAGGACUCUCAAAGGUAACCGACAUGAAGAUGGCACUCAAAGUGAUUCAGAAGAUCCAGCAGUACCUAUUCCUGAGAAGGAGAACACACAGUCUGAACUGGGCAAGCUUCAGCGACAGAUAAAGCGGGAUCCUGAAGAACUUCUCCACAGUCAGCAAGCCUUUGUUAUAGAAUUCUUCGAUGACGAUGCACCACGAAAAAAGAGGUCUCAGUCCUUCACACACAGUGCAAAUGCCUCACAAACUGAAGCCGAAUCUGCCAACAAAGGCAAAAAUGACAAGAAGAAAGGUGUUAUAAUUGCAGAGAAGAUCACUACUAAUGGAACUACCACAGCCCCUCUAGUUCCAAAACCCCUGGUAAAUUCUUCUUUUCCCCAAAGGUCCAAUUCUUUUAGGAGAGAAAAGACUGAGGACCGAAUAAGUACUCCGGGACCUGUAACAGCAAAACCUCCAGUAAAGAGCUUUGGUAGCAUUGGGAAGAAAUCAAAGUUUGCUCAGGAGUUUGUGGCCGAGUAUUUGCGGGAGCAGGCUGAGGUCUCAAAAGACUUGGUAGAGAAACCUCUGACAUUGCCAUUAUUAACAGCAGUCUCCUCAUCAGCCAGCCAUCAAGUACAAGCCUCCUUAAUGGAACCAACACCUCCACCAUCUGUAGUACCACCUCCUGAAUGUACACUGGUGAGAGUGAAGAAAACCGAAGAGGAAGACAACCUGAGUGAUGCUGGGACAUAUACUAUUGAAACAGAGAAUCAAGAUAAAGAAGUUGAAGAAGCUAGGAAAAUGAUAGACCAGGUGUUUGGAGUCUUUGAACCCGAUGAGUAUUCCAAAAUUUCUUCUGCAAUUUACAGACCAGUCAUUAAAUUAGAAAAGGAAGAAUCUUCCCUAAAUGAGAACAGUGUGAGUCACACAACGACAAUUCUAUCAACAAGUCACUCUGUUAAAAUGAAUAGUGCUCCUCAGGCUGAUGUUCAGGCUGAAAAAUCAUCUGCCUCAAGUAGAAGUGGACAGAAAUGGGUUUCAAGAUGGGCAAGUCUUGCCGACAGCUAUCCAGAUGCUUCACCAACCUCUCCAUUAGAUGGGCAAAAAAUUGGAUUAAUGUCAAAUGAUGAUUUUGACAAUGCUGAGAAUAUCAUUGAAGGAGACCCUGCUUUCCCUUCAAGGACAAGACGACUUCUUCCUCAAAUACCACCAAAUGACAAAUCUGAAAGUCCAACACCAGCUAUUUUGGUCUGUGCCGACUCUUACUCAGAAAUUUCUCAGAAAACAUUGAUCGAAAAUGAAGUCAAAACAGUGCCCUCAGAUUCAAGCAGUCUACUUUUUAUACAAGAAGAUUUGGAUCCAGACAGUCUCAGCGAUGCAAGCAAGUCUGAUGAUGGUAUUCUGUCUAGCAGAAAGUCUAACCCACCGUCAACUGCUCCUAGAAGUGGGUGGCGGAGAGAGGACGUUAGUACCCAAGAACGAAGUGUCGAAAGAAUGAAUAAGCUUUCUAAUGAACCAAAGUCUACUAGCUUUUAUGUUGAAAAUGACAGUGAGAUGGAAAAUCAUUCCUAUACAAAUUCCAUAUUACCCAAUGUAGAGAUGCACAAACCAUAUAAAAGUCAUGAAAUCCAAGUAAAACCAAAAGGAAGCCAACUAACCACGCAAGAAGCCUCAAUUAUUACAAAAAUAGAUAACCAGGUAUUAAAAAAAGAAAAUGGAACAGCCAGAGAUUCGUUUGUUAGGCAAGAAAGUUUUACCAAAGAAAAAUCCAGUUGCAACAUUUCUCCCAACAAACUUCCCCACAUCUCAACCCACCCCUUGCUUAAGGAUAUGAAUGUUACAAAGUCAAAUACUGACUACAGUCGAGAAACACAACAGAUUCUUAAAGAAACUGAAAAUGCCUUGGCUGCUCUUGAAGCUAAACUUUUUUCUCAGAAUAAUCUAGAUGAUAUAGAAAAUACUCCAUGUCCACCAGAUGAUUCCUUGUCUGGAGAUUCUGAUGUAGAUACAGCAAGCACAGUCAGUCUGGUUAGCGACAAGAAUGUACCGAGUCAUCCUCAAAAGAGCAGAGUCAUGGGCCUUCAUAAGGAAAAGUCUUCUUCGACAUCUUCGAUACAAGAUCAAUACGGUCAGCCCAGUGCCCGACAGAGACUCUCUGAAAAACGGAGAACAGGUCCUGCUGAUGGUGGUAGCAGGAGAGAUGUAGCCAAAAAGUUUGAAAUGAAACGCAGCUCUGGAACACGUGGUUCCUUGGAUUUCACAGAUGAAGAAAGAGGUUCUAGUCUUCCUUACAUAUCCAUUCCUGACACUGUAUCCUCAGAUUAUGAAAAUUCUUCCUCUAGAAAUCUCUCAAGAAGGAGACCCUUUGCUCAAUCAACCAAAGAAGAUACAAGUAGAAUAUCUUCAAAUGCUCAAAAAGUCCAGCAAGUUCUUACCCGAUCAAACAGCCUAUCAACACCCAGGCCUACAAGGGCAUCUAAGCUACGUCGCGCUCGUCUUGGGGAAUCAUCUGAUAAUGAAAGUGCAGAUGCUGAAAGGUUGAAUAUAAGUUCCGAAGCGUCUUCAUCAGCCAAAAGUAGCAGUGAAUCAAAAAAGCUCUCCCGUCUUGACAUUUUGGCCAUGCCAAGAAAGAGGACUGGCUCAUUCAAUGUACCAAGCGACUCCGAAACUUCCUCUACACGUACUGGGUUUUCAGGACGUAGUAUUGAUAACAGCUAUACAAGUCGAAAACCAAUCAUGGCAGAAAUUAAACAACCUAUCAAAAAACCAUUGACACCUACACCCAAACAGCCACUAACUAGGGCUCGAUCUGGAAGUGUAAAGUAUUCUUCUUCUUCCUCUUCAAGACGGAGGCAGCAGGGUUCAGAUUAUAUUUCUACAUCUGAGGAGGAAUAUGGCUCUAAUCACAGUACUCCUAAACACAAACGAUCCCAUAAUUCAACAGCCACCCAGACUCCCCGGACACACAAUGCGUCUGUCCGCCAGAGGCAGAGCACUCUUCAGGAUGAUGAUGAUGAAGACCAAGAUGUCUACAAUAACUUCAUGGCCCAGUCAGAAGAAAUAGCUGAAAUUGCCAGUUUUAGGAGGCGGCAGGAGAAGAAGGAAGAUAUAGUUGACAGACACUCUGGGAUCCUGGAUAGGAGGCAGGUGACAUCUGAACCGGAGAGGUUGAGUCAAACCCUGGUAAAUGAUGUGGCGAGCUUGGCUAAAGAGAUACAUGAUGUGGCUGGAGAUGGGGAUUCUCAGAGCUCUUCAGGAACAGGACACAGCACCUCUAUAAGUUCUGUACCAAACACACCAGCCUCUAUCAUAUCCACAAGAGAAGAGAUUCUUAAAAGAACCUCACAAAGGCCAUACACAUCACAGCUGGUUCAUCAUAUACCAGAGGCCAGUCUAAAUUAUCAAAAGGUUCCACCAGGCUCAACUGGAUUAAAAGACUUUGAUCAAAAUAUGAAUGACAACCGUGAUGAUGACCCCAUGAAGAGAAGGGCUAGAAACCGAGAAGAGGUGAUAUUUGACAAUCUCAUGUUGAAUCCUGUAUCGCAACUGUCGCAUACAAUAUGUGGCAAUACUGAAAUACUCACUGAAAAAAUGAAACUUUUAUUUUUAAAUAAAGAGAAAAGUUGGGAGGAAAUAGAGGCAAGAAUUAACUCUGAAAAUGAAGUGCCAAUACUCAAAACAUCUAAUAAGGAAAUCAGUUCUAUUCUGAAAGUUUUGCGAAGAGUUCAAAAACAACUGGAAGUUAUAAACGCAAUUAUUGACCCGACCGGACACCUUGAGGUCAUCCCUAAGAAACCAUCUCCUGUCAUUCAGACAUCUGCACCUCAAGCUAGGACUAAUCACUCAAAAAGUGAAUCGCAUCAACCGGUCCGUGUUAGAAACUACAUACAUAAGUCCAGCUCGAGCUCUUCAAGAUCACCAGAAUCCAGCUUUGGCAGAGAUGAGGAAGAUGCCUAUGUUGUUUAAUUUUUUGUAUUUUUUUUAUAUUAUUUAUUUCAUUUUUAUUUUAUAUUUACAAUAGCCAUUGUAACUGUGUUUAUGUGGCUUCUGGUAUGGUAUCUUAAGUACUUGUGCUUUUCUGCAGGACUUGCUGUUCUCACAUAUGCACAAAGUCUGUUUUUUUCAAAAUGAAUGUUAAGUUUACUCUAAAACUAGCACUGUUUAAUGGCUCAUGAUCCGCAAAGAAGCAAAUUUACUUGAAUAUUUUUGUUUUUCAACAUAGGAUUUGACUUUGCUUAAAAAUGUGCCAUAAAUUCAAGACCUACAUAAUGUAAAUUUUUCAUGUUCAUGGGUCUGACACGCAUAUAUAUAUUUCUUGUACCUAGAUUGCACUUACUUAAAGAAAUGUUUUCCUAGUUUAGUUCUUUGUAAUUUAAAAACAAUAUUAGAGGUAGGGAAAACUAGUACCAAGAAACUCAUGUGACCCAUCAUUUGCCAAAACACAUUACCCUGAAGCUAAUUGAUUUAAUUUUUUUGUAUAGUUUAUGUUUCUUGGAUACAGGUUAGACAUUCCCAUUAGAUCAGCGUUGAUUUCUUUUAUAUAAAUGCCUAAGCCUUUAAAGUCCGCUGCUUAGUGUUUAGAACAAAAUGUUCCAAAUGCUUAGAGCCAGCACCGGGAGCUCAUGACGUCCUAGCCCGCCCCCUCAUGAAAUCACGCCCCGACCCCUAAAUGCAAGUCUUGCAUUGAGGGGGUGUGGCGUGACAUCGUGAGGGGGCGGGGCUAUGAAAUCACAAGCUGCCGGCUCUAAAUAUUCGGAACAUUUUUUUCCAAACGCUGAGUAGCAGAGUACCCCUUUAAGCCUUCCUGAUAAGGUUUAUUUCCAGAAUUUGGAACGGCAUAAUUCAAUUGAGUAAAUUAAAUCUAUUUGAUUUCAGAACUGUUGAAAAAGAUUUCCAUUAUCUCAGAAAGUAUCUGAACUGUAAACAUUCCAACAAUGAGAUAAUGCCAAGCACCAACAGAGAGUGUGUGAGAAUCCGGUUUUAUUGACAUAGUUUAAGAAAUAAUUUUGUAUUACAAAAAUGUACUUCUAACAUGUCAUAUAUUUAAAGUUAUCAUACAAAAAUAUGGUUUUCUAUGGUUGUUUUAUUUUUUAACACCCAUCAUAAUUUCAGUAUCUGAAAAUAAGGUUUAUAUAUAGAAUUGGAUUAGAUCCUCUGGAUCUAUUCAGCACACAAAACCCUGAUUUUAAGUGCAGUUGUAUCAUCCUUUAAAUAUGGACAUCAUUUUCCCCUUCCUGGUACCCACUUAUAUCAGCAAGACUAGAAAGUUGAUAAGUAAGUAUAGCUCCUUCUUUGGUAGAACAGCUCUGUCCAUAUGUUACAGGGUCGGUCAUUCCUUUGAUUUGCUAAUGUGGAGAACUAACUUACAUACUUUUUUCCCCAGCAUUGGGAAAGCAUUGCCUGCUCUACACUUGCUUGUCUCCCAAGGAGAACCACUACCUUCCAAGAGCUGUGGUGGACGCAUGGGAAAUGUGUGGCUGAACAAAGCUAAUACUAAUACUAAUUAGCUAAUACUAGCUAAGCUAAUACUAAUUCCUGGAAGGUGCAAGGAUACCAAUCCAGGGGUUAUCUUUGAGACAAUCCCUUUUUGGGUAUUAAUUUUUUGAGAUUGUGGAACCCCAUAAAGGUACCAAAGUAACUUUAAUAUCAUUUAGUAAAGGUAUAAUAUUUUUUAUAACAUAUUAAGCAGGGUCAGAGAGAGUUUUGGAAAAUUCACUAUAAUAUCUCUUUUAUGUAAGAUAAUAUAAUUUAACAUGUCCUCCUUCAUGCUGGAAAACUAGAGCUGAAGUGCUUGGCCAUAAAAAAAAAAAUAUUUUUGCCAACUUCAUUAUACAGUAGUUUUUUUGUUGUUUGUUUUUUCAUUGACUGAUUUACACUAUCUGCUGCUGUUUAGGAGGUUGAAAAUCUCCUUUUGGUCAUACGAAUUGUAAAUUGUAUGGGUCUUUAAUUUUUUUUUUUUUUUUGUUAUUAAUGUUCUGUUUUAAUGUUGAUUAUGAGCACAACUUUGAUUUCUUUUGGGUUUUUUUUCUGUAUAUUUUGUAUUUAUUUUGCAUAUAGAUGUAAAAUGAUAUCUUUAAUUUAAAGAUCUAAAAUCAAGAUUCUGUUUAGGAUUAUUAUUAUGAUAAUACUUUAAACCUGUAUUAGAUAUGUUUGUUCUCCACUUUCUUUUCCUUUAAAAAAAUUAAUAUAAUUUAAUGGGUUAGACAGCAGAUAUUUCUAAAUUUAACCAAUACCACAUUUGCAUUUAGUCACAUGUUGCAAGAAUUGUCAUGCGUGAUUAGGGGUUGCAGUGGCAGCAGUUGCACCUGGGCCCUGGUGCCUGAGGGGACCCAAAAAUCUGCUAGUUGUCAAGUAAGAUACCCUUAGAAUACAUGUGUGGUUCAGGAAGUCAUCCUUUUAUCUGUCAAUUUGCACCUAAAAACUCCUGACCUUACUGACUGUCUUAGGCAACUUUUUUCUAUUCUUUAUUUCUUCAGAAUAUCUUUCACUUGCAGAACUGCUUUUGAGCUUAAAUCUUUGUACAUACAGUAAGAUUAGAAUUAUCUGGAAUAGUCAGGACUGAUGGGUAUUAUGGUUGCAUACACAACAGCAGUCGCUAUUGACAUUAAAUGCCCUUCAGUGGUUCGCUAUGUUUGGUAGCUAUUUACUCAAUAACACCCAACAUCAGGUUUCCAUUAGCUGUAGCUUGUACUAACCAAUAAAACAAGUAAUAGGCCUGUCAUGUAAUGUAUUAGAUUUUUUAGGCCUUCAGGACACUCAGCCCCUUUAGCAGUAGUACUGUUUGCCCCAGGUUAGGCCACCUUGGCUUUUACCCUGGGCAAUAACAAUUAAAAUUUAUGUAAACCCCUUUACUACCCCUCAGCUGCAGUCAUGUAGCACCACACAUAUACAGCGUCCUACUAUAGUCUAUUGUAAACGUUUUUAAAAAAAAUUUUCUCCUGAGUCUUUGAGACUGUGUCAAUGCACAGUAGCCAAUAAACUGCAAGAGAAUCUAUCUCCUAAAAAGGAUAUGCAAAAGCAUUUACAGUAUUAAAGUUGUUUACCCUAUUUACUGAAGUGCCAUUCCACUAUUUUAUUUCAUCUGAUCAUUUUUGUCAGGUUAAUAGGGCCAGACAGGUUUGGGGAAACAUAGCUGAAAAAGCGCUGCACCUGUCUGAGUUUGGUAAAAUAAAGUGAAUGGGGAGUUGCAAUACCUCACACAAUCUGAGGACAGGUGUGACACUGGUUUUGGUAAAAAGCAGCAAUGUUUUUAUAAUAAGGACUGAACUUUUUAAUUAGUCAAUAACUUAGAAUUACUAUAAAGCAGAACACAUAUAAUGGUACAAUGCUGUUGUUUAUAGUGUUGUGUUCAAGCUAUGUAGUUGGCAUCUUCUUACUGGAAAGAGUAUGUGGUUAAAUAUCUUUUUGCCCUUGAUAUCUGUAGAAUCAUGGUUGGGUUGUACAUCUCCGAUUUGCUGGAAAGUGUAAUUACUGUGCAUUGUGUUUAUUCAGUGGAACUGAGCCAAAGACCAAAUCACAAGAUUGUAUUUUAAGCUUCACUAAUUCCCAGCUAUGAACCAGCAACAAUGUGUUGUAUUUUUCAGCUUUCAGAAUGGUAACUAAGCUAUAUAUUAAAUGUACAACUUUCACCUACAGAUUGAUGAUGCGGCUCUUCUUCAGGCCUAUGUUUUGUUUCAUGAUGAGUAUUUGAUCGAUUUAAAAGCUAAUGAUGAUGUAGAUAAGCCUUGAGGUGCUUAGUAGGGCACAUAUAUACCUCAUGCCUGAAAGAGGUUUACUCUAGGUUUCAACUGAAGGAUAGUUGGCUUGUGCCCAUUGACCACACAGUAGUAUUACUGGCACUGGAAAUAGUUCACAACCACAUUGAUAUUAUUUUCAUUGUUCUGCUCCUGUGACCAAGUAGAACAAUGAAAGUCCUUGAUGGAGAUGUGAACAAGGUCUAAGUGACCCACUGUAUAGUAUCAUAAGGGGCUGCAAUGUAAGGUUGAACCAUGGGGCAUGAAGGUGGUUUUAACUUAAUUUAGACAUCAGGCAUCUACUUGGGGAGACUAGUAAAGGAUAGAUUUGAUUGAGCCAAAAGUGGCUUUUGCUAUAUAUUUGCUUACAAUGAUCCUUUGGGGCUCAUGCACACUUUUAUGGACCCAGUAUGGAGGCACACAAAGGAUAACUCCAGGAUAUACAAUUGCUGGGGGUCUGAACGUUGGGGCCCCCAGCGAUCUCCCGAAUGGUGCCCUGGCUCCCUGCAUGGAACAAGCAUUUUCGACCACUGCAGGAAGCUGCGGCCUACACGCCCCCUCCAUGCAGCUCUAUGGGAGAGCCAGAGCGCUGCUUUCGACAAUCUCUAGCUCUGCCAUAGAACUAAAUGGAGGUGGCGUGUCGGCAGCAGCUUCGUGAUGUGGUCGAAAAUGCUUGUUCCAUGCAGGGAGCCGGGGCACCAUUCGGGAGAUUGCACAGGGUGUGGUGGGGGGUUCCAGCGGUCAGACCCCCCGCAAUCUAACACUUAUCCCCUAUCCUUAGGAUAGGGUAUAAGUUGUUACAUCCCGGCAUUAUCCUUUAAUGUGUUGAUGUAUGUUGCCAUUGUAAGGCACCAUUAUGGAGAUUUAUCAUAACCUGUGUAGAGGAAAAGUUGACCAGUUUCCUAUAGUGACCAAUCAGAUCCCUUCUUUAAUUUGUAAGAAGCGAUCAGAUUGGUUGCUAUGGGCAGCUAGUCAACUUUUCCUUUGCCCAGGUUUUGAUAAAUCUUCCCACACAUUCUACCUUGGAAGCAUUGCUUCUAUUGGAGAAAGCUACCACAAUAUGGUAUGCAUUGCAUUGCCUUCAUGUGCUGGUACACUGUGGGUCCAUAGAGUUUUAUGAUUUCCGUACUAUGACUCUAUAAAACACAGGUGCAUAAUACUAUCUCGUUCAUGAGCCCUAUCACUGUAAUAAUAUGAGAAUGCCUAUUUUCCUGGAAACUCACUGCAUCAGGGAAGAAACGGCUUCCUCCAAAUGUAGUGGUUCAGUCAUGCACUUUAAAGGUAAGGUAUUUUGUGUAAAAUAAUUGGUACUUGUAUACAGUGUAGAAAAUCUCAUCUCAUUUUGCUGCAUUAUAGGAGUAAGGAGUCCUUUCUGUUGUCUGUACUUAAGCAUCUGAGAUGCCUUAAGACAAGUCCUUCUGAUUUUUGUAUGGUUUUUGGCUUGUAUAAUUUCUGUCCUUCCGAUUUUUGCACUAAAAAUGACUGUAGUAUGUUUUUGUUUAAUUUGCAUAUAAUUUUUUUUCCUUUUUUAUGUAUUGACAUGAUAGGAUUCAUUCUCAUCCUGGGUACUUGAAUAUUAGAUAAAGAAUAAUGUACAAAAAAAAUGGAAUGAUUUGACUAAUACAUCAAAAAAAUAUUCUAUGAGAAUGUGGUAUUUUUGUUAUUGCACAACAGUGGAAAAUUUACUAUUCUUUACAAGUGUUUUAUGUAAAUGAAUAAAUGUUUAUGUUCAUACUGCAUGAGAGACAACUCUGGUUAUGCUUUCUUGUACUCUGUAUAAUGCCUUUUAGAAAAUACGAAACCUGUUGUUCGAAUGGUAUUGUGUCAAAUCUAGAAAACAAAAGUGACAUUUUUAAAUAGGUUUAGAUGUGGCCCAUGCUGAAAAUAUUGUGCCUCUAUACGUACUUCAGUUGAGGAGGGCUUGCGAUGCUAUGCAUUGCAGCAUUAUCUGAUUUUGUAUUGUCUUGCUGCUGUAUUUUCUUUAGCAGCUAUCCACUAGGUCAUUCCAUUUGCAUGGUACACAAAGGCAACCUGACAAUAAAUAAUUUCUUUCCACCCACUGAAGCUAAAUGACAAUAUUUGACAGAUAAAAAUUUCAUGAUUCAAUCCUUUGUUUAUUUUGACUGGUAAUUUAUUUUCACUUAACAUGUACAUUAUGUUCAAAUGUGGUUUUCAGACAAAAUAGAUUACUAUUUUAUCAGAUUUUCCAUAAAAUAUGUAAUAAAUCAUUCUUUUUCAUGCAA